AUGGCCAUUCCUCGAGGCAUAGGAAUGGCUCUCUCAGAUGAUAAAGCCAACGAACUCAGCCACCUCAUUGCUUAUUGUCAUAUGAGCAAUGCUGGGAUCAAGAAAGGCUUUCGUAAUGUCGUUUUCGGCAAAUAUAUCGCCGUACUUCGAUAUCGACACUUGAACAAUCAGAAAGGAAGUGCCGCUUGGCAGGAACACUCUUCUCGAUUCACUCAACAGUUGUGCCAACACAGUGUCGGAAUGAAUCCGUGUAGAAACCUUUCUCUUGAAGCUAUUCCACAGACGGAAAAUCCGGAUGAGGAAAAGUGCCUACUUCGGCAGCCGUUCCUUUUCGAUGGAUUAGUCGCUGUUGGAACUCUGUUGGAGAAAAAUGAAAUCCUCGUGGAAGAUUUUGUUCGUGUGGAGUGUGGCGUUGAAGAAGAGGAGUGA